GCACACCACAAACAUUUACAAUUUUAUAUUUUACAUUACCCCGACACAGAGACAGAUGUGCAAAAUUUUGGAUUGGUGGCAGCUCUAUAUCGAUAUUCCAGCUGGCUACGCUACCCAACACUGGAAUCGAAAACGACCGUUUAAUAACACUGCCCUGCAAAUCUAACUUUUUUACAAUAUUAUGGCACUUGCGCGGCUCGCAAACAAUAUUCGCUGACUACAAUCUAUUGGAAGUUAUUGCCAAAAGUGGAGUAUCGCUGUCUUAACGGUCCCGUGCUAAUAUUUCCCGCCCAGGAAGCCCAGGUGCCGGAAUCCAGACAUCUACCCCCGCCCUUUUCCUCAACCAACAAACGAGGAGACGCCGACAGUAAUUGCAAAGUAGAGAAAUCAACAUUAUUGCCGACCAUCACAUAUUAUGAAAUGGACUAUUGAGCUUCAGAAUCAGACCGUUAUCUCGUAUACCCAAGAGGAACUUGUUGCUUGAGGCUCGGUUGUAGGUCAGUGCGAAGAGGUGGCUGAUCCGGCGGCGCAGAGUGCGCACCAGGCGGCGACGACCGGCGACGAUACAAUGCCCUCGGCCAUCAGUGGCGCGGCACACGGCCAGGUUCACAUACCCAGCAACGAAGAGUGCGGCAUCCGGGACGUGUGGAAGCAUAACCUUGAGGAGGAGUUCCGAACCAUUCGGAAAGUGGUGCAGAAAUAUCACUAUGUGGCCAUGGACACCGAAUUCCCAGGCGUUGUAGCCCGGCCCGUUGGCGAGUUUCGAUCCACGGCGGACUACCACUACCAGCUUUUGAGAUGUAACGUCGACCUGCUACGAAUCAUCCAACUAGGCCUCACCUUCAUGGACGACGAUGGCAAGACGCCACCCGGCUACUCCACCUGGCAGUUCAACUUCAAGUUCAACCUGAGCGAGGAUAUGUACGCGCAGGACUCGAUAGAUCUGCUGCAAAACUCUGGCAUCCAGUUUAAAAAGCACGAAGAGGACGGCAUCGACCCCAUUGAGUUCGCGGAGCUGCUGAUGAGCUCUGGCAUCGUGCUGGUGGAGAACAUCAAAUGGCUGUGCUUUCACUCUGGCUACGAUUUUGGCUAUCUUCUCAAACUGCUCACUGACCAGAACCUGCCUGCCGAUGAGAGCGACUUUUUCGAGCUGCUGCACAUCUACUUCCCCAACAUCUUCGACAUCAAGUAUCUGAUGAAGUCGUGUAAAAACCUAAAGGGCGGCCUGCAGGAAGUUGCCGACCAGCUGGAGCUGCGACGGGUGGGACCCCAGCACCAGGCCGGUUCGGAUGCCCUGCUCACGGGUAUGGCCUUCUUCAAAAUGCGUGAGGUACAGCACACAAAUGAUUUGCACUUUGAACUAGAAGCGCCCGUUGUAUUCUUCCCUUACUUGCUUGAGCACACCAUGCACUUGAAGCCGUCCGUCACCCACAUCUGUUUGCUGAGCAAACAUUCGGCCCACAAUGGCGGGGACUUAGUCCCUUCCGUUGAUUCUAAAAUGGACAUAGGUGGCGGCAAAAACCUACCAAGCGAGCUGCUCACAGCGAGCACAUACGUCGACACGCCUCCCGCCACGCCAGGCUUGCCGCCAACUGGCGAGGAGCGUGUCGUCUUACGCGUCUUCUCCGGAAACUCCAAUUAGCUAUCAGUAGUCACCACUAAUGUAACAACCCAUCAUCAUUAUCUUCCAUUCGGGUUAAAGUGAUUCACAGUCAAACGGCAUUCAUUAAUUUUUCACAUUUACAUUUGCAUAUGUAUAUAUUCGCCUUUUUAUCACUAUUUAUGAAUGAAGUCUAUAAUCUGAAUUGUUGUUAGUUAAUCUGAAUCAUGUGAAACAUGUUAGUUGUAAAAAGUUUUUGAAACGAAAAAGUGCUAUGAAGAGACCACCUACUCCGCUGGAUUUGAAUGGAAAAUUAAAGGAAUUUAUAUUAAUUUUCUUUUUAAA